AUUCCCAAAUUCUUCAGGAGCUGGGGGAUCGUGCACACUGGUGUGUGGUGGCAUACUGGGAAGAGAAGAUGCGCGUGGGGCGGCUGUACUCUGUCCAAGAGUCUUCCCUGGAUAUCUUCUAUGAUCUACCUCAGGGGAAUGGCUUCUGCCUCGGGCAGCUCAACUCGGACAACAAGAGCAAACUGGUGCAGAAGGUGCGCAGCAAGAUCGGCUAUGGCAUCCAGCUCACCAAGGAAGUGGAUGGUGUGUGGGUGUACAACCGCAGCAGUUACCCCAUCUUCAUCAAGUCGGCCACACUGGACAACCCCGACUCCAGGACAUUGCUGGUUCACAAAGUCUUUCCAGGUUUUUCCAUCAAGGCUUUUGACUAUGAGAAGGCCUACAGCUUGCAGAGACCCAACGACCAUGAGUUCACGCAGCAGCCGUGGAUGGGAUUUACUGUUCAAAUCAGCUUCGUGAAGGGCUGGGGCCAGUGCUACACCAGACAGUUCAUCAGCAGCUGCCCCUGCUGGUUGGAGGUUAUUUUUAAUAACCGAUGACUCGAGACAGAGCGGCCUCACAACAUUUAUACUACUUUGCUGCUAUUAUUUUUUUCUGAGUGCUUGCUUUUCACACAAACUUUUUGGUUUUUUGUUUUUGUGUUUUUGU